UCUAAUUGGUCUGCUCUGACAGGAUUACGCGAGUUUCCUCAAUUGAGCAGCAGCGCCAAGUGAAAGGCUGUGGCAUCCAGGAGAGAAGAUACGGAAAACUCGGCUGUAGUUGCUUCAAAACCACUUUAUCUAUUGUUUUUCUUUCUGCCCAGUGGACUAGAUGCUCGUGUUUGACAGUGGUCGGCGGCUGUAGCUCAAGGAUUCCCGGGUUAAAAGAACCAUCAGGGACAUCGCUGCUGUUUCUGCUGCUGCACCUCUAAUGUGGUUCUCCAACGCGCCCGCAUUUCUCUGAAGCCGCUCUUCAGAUCCCUCAGCCGGCACAAUGACUCGGAUUUUGUGGGAUGCUAUUUUUCUCAUAAGCGGUUCCUUCUUUACAUUUGGAGCAGGUCCGAGCAGUUCAGCUGUGAUUGAAGCGAAUGUUUCCAUCGAGACACUCGCCACCUCUGCUCCAGAUGCAUCCAGUAGCAACUCUUUGACCACCAGUGGCAAAGGAACAAGCACUGCUAACUUUCUUACAAGUAGAAGUUCUCUUUUUACAUCAGAGCAAACAAAUUCAACAGUCGCAGAUGCUGCAGUUAGUCUUAAUACCUCUGCUGCUGCUGCUGCUUCUCGCAGCCCAACAAGCAGCUCCUCGACAACCACCAGCAGCACAACCUCGACAACCAGAAGACCUGCCGCAACGACCAGCAAACGUCCAGUUAAAAAGUUUGUGGCUGCGGCUGUUCGGUCUCACUUCGAUGACUGUCCUGACUCUCAUCGGCAUUUCUGCUUUCAUGGCACCUGCCGCUUCCUGAUCCUGGAGGAGACGCCUGCAUGUGUGUGUCACCCAGGCUUUGUCGGGAUGAGGUGUGAGCACGCAGACCUGCUAGCUGUAGUAGCGACCAACCACAGGAAGCAGGCUGUGGCCACAGUGCUCGUGCUGUGCGUGAUUGGAUGCGUCCUCAUCAUGGUGUUGUGUUCCUUUUUGCACUGCUGGUGGAGGGAGGACUGUCGGAGGCGGAGCCGAGCGCAUCUCUACGUGGCAGAAAAGCACGGAGCGACAUGCUAUCCACCAGAGAGUGUGGUUUGACGGGACGCUGUUUGAAACAUCGUGCGUUUCUGCACGGCGCCUCUGACCCUGGAGAUUCUUCUAAAACGAUCAAGAACAGCAGAGGUAAAGUGCUGCCCUCUUCAAUAUGACUGAGUUGGAGCUUUUCAUGUGGAAAGUGAAAAUGCUCAAGUAUAUUCCUCCCCCAAUCUGCACCACACCGACUGACUGGGGCUUUCAGACUGCAGAAAACGAUGGACGCGUGCGCCUCGCUCUCGCUUUCAGUGGAUACACACUCAGAACUGCGUCAGUCUGUUUGGACCUCAAAUCACGCCUGGAAAAGAGGUCUAUGCCCCGAUUACUGUUUCUGGACGACCCAGAGGACAUCAACCCAACUGACUGCUAAACCAUUUUUAACGAAUGGCUUCAGGAUGACCAUCAGCUUUUCUCAUAACUGAGAAGACCACAGUUCCUAUUUUUAUCCUUUUUUUUAUCGUCUCUGCACGUUUUUCCUCAGAAGUCGUUGCGCACAAAGGACAUUUUUAGUAACUUUUGGUGUGGGGGGAAACUGAUGCUUUAAACAUGUUUUAGUGUCUGUUUUUUAUAAAAGAAGGAACUCACUUCACCUGAUAGAAGUAGGAAUUGUUUAACUGGUCUGACUGACGUCACAUUUUCUGGACUUUAGCUUUUAUAAAACGGUAAUCUGCAACAUAAAGUUGCUCUGAUAAACUUUGGAGGAAAAUUGUCGUAAAUUCCUGCAUUGAAGAUGUCGGUUAAUUUUAAUUCCUGAGCUGUUGAGUGCUUUUCUCAGAUUUGCAAUAUAACGGUACCAACGUAUGCGCAUCCUGGAUGGUCACAUUUUUUGUUCUCUUUGCUAAUUUUUUUUAUUUUUUAUGAAGGUGCACUUUUUUAAGUUUUCUUGCUCUUUUUGUAAAUAUAAACUUUACACACUGCACGUUGCUUUAUGGUAGCAUCCACAUGUGGAGAUGCCAAAAUAAAACCACUAAUUCUGCCUGAAUGAGCACCGAACAAGCACAGUUUGUACUCAUCAUCUGGGGAUGCAUGCGUGGAGUCAUCUAGAAGAAAAGCGGUGUGUUACGGCUUUGGUUCUACUUUGAUUUUUUUUUUUAAAGAGAAAAGCCUCAGAAUGCUUGAAGAACUUUUUGAAGGAAUUUAUAAUGCUGGCAUGCCUGAGUUUGUGCUUUGUGUGUGUGUGUGUGUUUGGGGGGAAAAACGGACUGUACAACGAAUGUUCUGGUAUCUGUAUGCCAAAAAAAAUCUCUUAAGAUGACGAUAAACUUUUUUUGUUUACAAGAUAUACAUUUUUUUCACGUGUCAAAAUCAAAGCAAAUAAGUCUAAUAUAUUAUUAGAAAGAUCUUCUAAAAUGUGUUGUAACUUUACCUGGUUGGAUUUUUGUUGUCACAGCUGGAAAGCCUCACUUAUUUGUUUGCUUUCCAAUGAAAGAUUAAAAAUGAAAGUGUU